CUAAGACCUCAAAAGUCUCUUCUUCAAUAGGUUUGUUUUACAAUGUACAUUUGGAUAAGCCCGCGUAUAAACAAUAAUACAUGUUUAUUUAGAUUCCUAUUUUAAUUUGUAUUCAAACCUGUGCCAGGUUCAAGUAUGAAUGAUUGCCAGCUCGUAUAUGAAUCAAAAGUACCACGUGCUUUUUCUUGUAAUUGCACUUGACAUACAAAUGCUUUUAAUGAAAAAUAGCCAACUAUUGUUAAAAUUACGGUCCAUUUAUAUGUAUCAGCGGUUCUUGCUUCUUGAAGGGGCUGUGUGUGUGUUACUAUCCAAUGGAAAGCUGGAGCUAGGAAACGCCUCUUCUCAAGCACAUGUGGGACCACUCAAGGUCUCUGAAGUCUUUGUUGCAUCGACAUCUUCGAAAACUUUCCGCAACUUUAUUAUACAUUUCAACAGUUAACUUCAACAUAAAACACGUUUAAUAAUACAACAAAUACGAUGUACCUUUAUAUUUGCGUAACUUAACCUGUGAUAAGGGUACAGCAGGUGGAUCUGAAUUAACUUCAGUCAUGAACUAAGUUUAAUCCUCGUUUAUUACUUUAAUUAAAAUGCAUCACUGCCAAUGAGAAAGUUUCUGUUGACAAUAAACCACAGAACAGUCAUCACAUUGUUCGGAGCGUGCAGCGCCCUCUAGCGUCCGUGUGUGUUCACGUGUUUGGAAUAAUCCCAGCAGCCUUUGCUAAGCGUAUCUAAGCAACGGAACGCUGUUUAUAAACAGGUCAAGACUGAAACGUUGGCCGAGGAUUAAGACUUCAGACAUUAUUGACACGAUUGCAACAUGUGUGAUGCUACAGAAAGCAUGGGUCUUGAGCCCCUGGCAGAGGAUGUAAAGCAGGCAGCUCAAACAGAGGCUGUCUCUGAGACAGAACAGCUCAGCAAGGAGGAUAAAGGGGGGAGACCAGCGUCUGCAGAAGAUCCUAGAGAACAAGAACCACACUCCAGGCAAGACAGGGGACACUUACACCAUGAUGAGGGUCAAACGGCUGGUGAGAAAGUCGAAGAAGAGCUGGAGAAACGAGUAGAAGAACAGGGAGUCAGUCAAGACAAACACCAGGAAGAAGUGGACCAAGAAAGUCAAGAGAUGGGCCAGGAAGGUGAACAGACAGCCCAGAGGGGUGUAGAGCUGGUGCAGGGGGCUGAGAGGAUGAGCCAGGAAGCGGCAGAAUUGCCCAGGGGGAACCUGGCCCUGGGGAGUGGAGAGUCGAGUCUCAGGGAGUCUGAAGAUGGAGAAGGGAAGGGGAAGCACUCGGAUCCUGGAGUAGACCCACCAGAAGACUCGUUGAUUUACACAGCCACUCCCAGGACACUGUUUGAAGAGAGAAAGGAGCCUCUGGUCAAAGCUCACCCACUAAACCUGGAGUGGGUGUUUGGAAUCAACCAGAAUCUCCCUGUGUUCAGUCUACAAGAUGAAGGCAGGGUUGUGAUCCUGUAUGGAAGUUCUCACACUGUGGUGAUAUAUGACUAUACCAACAACACCCAGCACAUUCUCCAGGGUCACUGUAGUCCUAUUUCAUGUCUCUGCAUCAGUGAAGACAGGAGAUGGGUAGCCUCAGCAGAUAAAGGUCCAGAGAGUUUGGUGAUAAUCUGGGACUCCUACUCUGGGAUUCCAGUUCAGACCCUGUUUCACUGCCACCCAGAAGGAGGGGUAUUAGCCAUGGCAAUGACUCCGGAUGCCAAGUAUGUUGCAACAGUUGGUGCAGAAGCCGCUCAGAGAGUCUGCAUUUGGGACUGGUCUUCACAAAGGGAAGAUCCUGUCUGUACAGCAGAACUGAGUGCUGAAUAUGGGGUGCAGGAUUACAUCUUGUUUAAUCCGAGUGAUUGCACACAGCUUGUCAGCAACAGUGAAAGCCAGGUUGUGUUCUACUCCUGGAACAAUGAGAAGUUGGAAUACACAGUGCCACAAGUUACAGUGGAGUCAUUUAACAAGGCUGUGGGAUCCUUCAGCCAGACGGUUUUCCAUUUCCGUGCUUCUCAGGCGCUCACAGGCACCUCUCUGGGGAACCUGGUGGUCUGGGACAGGAUCCGCAUCCCCUCCCUCCUCAAACCACAUAACAAGCAGGCCAAGAAAAUGAUACAUCUGCAGAAGGACGGCAUCACAGUGCUAACUGUGACCGAUAGCUAUAUAGUAACAGGUGACAGUAAAGGACAUGUUAAGUUUUUCAGUGACCAGCUGCUACUUUUAACCUGGUACAACCACUUCAAUUUGGAUCCAGUUCGAUCCAUUUCCUUUGCUAAAGAACAGCCAUCUCUAGCAAGGGCGGAAACAGCAUACCCAUCAGACUGCACUAUCAAGGCCGAAAAGCUUAUUAUCAGAAACUUUGUGAUAUCUGCUACAAAUGCAGUAGUACUUCAUGUGGCUGCAGAAGCAACCCAGCUGAAUACCUUGGUGCAGGAGCACGGCAAGCCACUGCAUGCUGUAGCCUGCCAUCCAGCCCAGCCUGUUAUCUGCAUGGGAAGCUACUGCGGAGUCCUCAAGGUGUGGGACUAUCAGUGCAAGAAAUACAUCUGCAGCAGAAUCUUUGAGAACGAUAAUGAAAUCAAUUGCCUGGCGUACGAUCCAAAAGGCUUCCUAAUAGGGGUUGGUUUCGCCAGUGGCACAGUUUAUAUCCUUGAUGCCUUAUCCCUGAACAAUGUGUGCAGUGAGCCCUUCAGAUAUGCUAAAGACGCCAUCACCCAUAUCACCUUCUCCAGCGAUUCUAAAUACCUUGCCACUGCUGAUGCAGAAUUUACAAUCACAGUUUUUAAUCUUGUUCCUAAAAACGAUGAGAAAAGCUGGCGGUACCUGUGGAGGCAGCGUGCUCACUAUAAACCAAUCCAAGAUGUCAUGUUUGGUAUUAACCUGGACAGCAAAAUGCCAAGGCUGCUGUCUCUUGGCAUGGACCGAGUGCUGGUAGAGUAUGACCUCAGUGACGGCAGUAAGGACAGCCUGCGGAUCCUGGCCAGUGAUCGUAUUGAACAGAGCGCUGUAGCCAAAUGCAUGAUCUGGUACCCACCCGUCACCAAAGAGAGCUUCAUCCUCACAGCCAAUGACCAGUUCAAGAUGAAACUCUAUAACUCUACCACUAAAAUGUGCAGAAAGACACUCCUGGGACCAACAUAUGGGUCUCCUUUAAAGAAGAUAGCUUUGCUCCCUGUUGCAUGUAGUAAUGAGCUUAAAACCAGCUAUCUUGCAUACAUUACAGAAGACCAGGUUGGCCUCCAGAUCCUGCCCGUGGAUGGCAAUCCCCACAAGUCUUCAGCCGUCGUCUGUCACCCCGAGGGGGUCUCCUCAUUCACCUGCUCCUAUGACGGGAAGUAUGUGUUCACUGCGGGAGGAGGCGAUUUCACAGUGUUCAGCUGGGAGACUAACGUGAAUGCCCUCGAAGCUGCAGCGUGCCUCGGAGGAAAAGACCUGGUCCCGUUCUAUAGUCUAUUAGAAGGGGGGAGAGAUGGAGAGCUGUUUAGGGAGCUGGAAGACUAUUUUUAUUAUUGCCAGUUGCGAACUCAAGGUAUUGACACCAUGGAGACCAGGCAGGUGUCAACAAAAAUCCCCCUGACUGAGACUCCCUUUGUGAUGCGGGCACUGGGGUUCUACCCAACCGAGCAGGAGGUUGAAGAUAUGCUCAAUGAAGUCAAAUUUAGUAAAUAUGUGGACUCCGGAAAGUAUGUGGUAGAUAUCGAUUUAGCGGAAUUGUUAAAGCUGUAUAUAAACCACCGACCAGCUUUCGGCAUUUCAACAUACGAGCUGCAGCAUGCAUUUGAGGUUUUGGGCUUGGAAAACGAGAACUGCGAGAAUGCACUGAACCGAGGGGAACUACUGCAGCUGCUGCAGAGCAGAGGGGAGCAUAUGACAGAGGAAGAGCUGGCAGAGUAUUUUUCAACACUGUUGGGUUUAAAUCCCGAAGGAGGAAGAUCAGAGCUGGGGAAUUACGAUUCAACAGGUUCAAAAUAUUUGCUGGAGAAUGCUAUUCCAGAGGAAAUAACAGCAGAGAUGUUUACUGUUGAUAUUCUGGGUUUGCCUACAAUUAUUCAUGGGCCUGAACCUUCUGAAGAACAGCUGACAGCUCAGGAGUCAGAAUUAUCUUAGCUGGCAAGAUCGUGUCACUGUCUCCUGUAAUAAACACACACGGGCAAAUCUUGGGAGGGGAUGUGGAGCCCCGGUGUAAUUGUACUGUUUUAUAAUCCCUGUGGCAUAGCCCUACACUGCUUGAAUACUCCAUUAUAUAUUUUAUACCACAACAAUAAAAACGACUUAAAUUAAAUCCCUGCUCACAUCUUUCAGAAGUUUAGUUUUUCUUUAAAUGGGUUCUGGUUUCAGUAGAAUGCAAAUUGUUACCUUAGGUAGGGUGGUCCAAGAUCAGUGCCCGUCAGCUUGUGAAACCAGCCAUGUACUAAUAGUGCAUGUUGUGUGCAUGCUUUUGUUGUUGCCGUGUUGGGCAUGACCAGGUCUCCUGACGCUUUCGUGUAGCGCUGCUAAUUACUGGCCCGGUGGUGAACGCUGUGUUGUUACAC